ACAAGUAGUUCAACUUUAAAUUUAGUUUUUCAAAAGAAUAUUAACUUCCUGGUUGGUCAUUGUAUAUAAAGAAAAAAGAGACAACACAGAAUGGAGUACAAAUAUGAUGCAGAUUCAGAAAUGAAUCUGAAAGAAUACUUUGAUAAAAACAAGAACAAACUUCCCCAGUUAGCAAUAAUUACUGGUGGAGUUUACGGGAAGACAAAAUUCGACGAUGUCGCAUCUGAUCAGGUUGUUCGUCUCCAUCGUUACAUUACACAGAAGCGUGUAAUGGCGAAGCGAUCAACGACAAGGGAACAAUUCCUAAGUAUCCCUGUAAACUCAGACUUAAAGUUUCAGGUUGUGAAAGGACGUAACAAUUUGGGACCAGAAGAGAACUUAAAAACCAUACUUAAAAACAACAAGCCUCCAGUUUUUGUAAGUUUUACUUCUUCACGAACACACACAGAUAUUAGUGUUGGACCUGAUGGUAACGCCCAGUUACUAAUCACAGAGGAGUUCAACGAGUAUUACUUCCAAGGACAUUGUUUAUUGGAAGGUUGUAUAAAACCAGACGACACCACUACAAUUAUUGUUAUCCCAGAUAUCUCCAUAGUGACUAUUGAUGGGUUUGAAGAUCAGCCUAAAGAAAAGUUCCAAGAAUAUUUAAAGAAAAUGAACGAACAAGUCAAAUCUAUAACUAAAUUCGACGACCAUGAUUUUGACACAGAAAUUCGAAUAAUUGAGGAGAAGAAAGAAGCGCCAAAACCGGAUUCAGACACAGAUUCCGGAGAAGACUAUGACUAUAUUGAACCUCCUAUGCCAGCACCAAGAAAACAAUCUUCUUCUGAAGACAAGCCAAAAACGACUUCUGUUGGAAGACCACUCCCAAGUAUACCAAAUAAUAAAGAGACGCCAUCUUUGCCGCCGCGUGGACCACUACCUGCAACACCAUCAAAUGAAGUGCCAGAUAAAAAAGAACAAAAGAAAAACAGACCUUACGAAAACAACAAUGUGCAACAUGUAAACCCUAUUGUGAAAUGUGACGACAAUGAAGCAAUUUAUGAACCGGAUAUAUAUGGAGAUGACGAUUCACUAGAUGGCCACGCUACCUGUGAUAUGACGUCACCUGUGAAAUCGCCUCACGUAGACAAUACGCAAGACGGUAAUGAGGUCAGCACUGACGCUCAUGACAUAAGCAAUAGAAACAUUUCGGAUGUCGUUGAAAUACUUAAUAAACUGAAACUUGAAAAAUAUUCGGAACUGUUUGAAGGAGACAUGGUAGAUGGGAUGACACUGAAGAACUUUUCAGAAGGGGAGUUAAAAGAAGAAUAUAAAAUGCGACAUGCCGAGGCUGUUCGUCUGAUGAACUAUGUACGACAUGGACAUAUCCCAAAAUAGAAAGACAUGUCUAAGGGAACGACCAUUUGAUAUUUUGGGGUGGGUGGGGGCAGGAAGAAUUUUUGGUGGAUGACUAUUCAUUUUCAUCUGCAUGCUUAUUUUUUUCCGCGGCUAAGUAAAAAGCGCAAAAAUUUGUUUUCACUUAAAUUGUGCACAAUUAUUUCCUACAUUUUAUUUUGCAAAAUGUUCAUUUUUACAUCCUAUUUAAGCAAAGUUAAGGUUUAGCGCUUACCAUGCCAGGAUCUUCGUUUUCAAAUACCCCCGGCCUUCCCCCCCAAAAAAAUCAAAUGGUCGUCCUCUAAAAACUUAUAUAUCUGCACGUGAUUCUCAGGGGUGGAUUAAGAACGGAAAAGUGUUGCCUUUCCCUCUAACAACGCAAAUAAGAGUUUAAGUAUUGGCGCUUUAUAUAUUAAUGCCGUUUUAUUAUAUAUUAAUGCUUUUUAUUGUCCUUUUUAAUUUUCUUUAUUUUACUUUUUAGUUUUAUAUAUUUAAAUAUUUGCUUUUAUAUUCAAAAAGUAACCCCUUUCAAAACCCUGGAUCCACCACAAAUCGCAAAAUGACGGGUGGACAGCUUUUGAGGGAGGUGGGUGGUGGGGGGAGACAAAAAAUAGAUUCUAAAAGUGGGAGGUGGAAGAUAGGGGCGGGAGGUGGGAGAAGGGUACCCCCUGUCCACCCCCUCUAAAAUAGUGCCAUAUUUAUAGACUAUCAACUUAAGUAGUCUCAAAAAUGUUUAAUCUUGCCAAUUGUUUUCGAGCAUGCUUUUAGUAACUGCGAGCAGUCUUCGAGUAUAUUUUUUAUUUGUGUUUUAUGUAUAUUUGUACAUGUAUUCAAAGGAGGAUUUGUGCUCAUUUAAAACUGGUUUGACCCUAACACAUUUUAUGUUUGAGUCAAGUCUGACUACCUGUACCACGCCAGUGAUAGUUGUUGUUGUUUAUAUUUUGUAGUCUAUAACAUAGAGGAAUCGGUUAGUGUUCUUGGUUUGUGUGGUCUGCUGUACCAUUCAAUAUGACGGCAAAUUUUAGCCAAUGAAAAAAUUGUUACAUACAGAUAACAUUCGAAUAUUUUUUGUAAUACCUCUUAUCCGUUUAUGUAUUAUUGGAACCGGUAUAAUAUUGCUUAUUAUAAUUUGUUGUCUUGUGUUUUUUUUGUUAUUUUUUUGUCUUGUUUAUUAGUUGUCUUGUUUAUUAGUUGUCUAUUACACUGUUAUAAGGGUGUAGAUGGUGGGGGGGGGGGGUCCUCCAUUUCUGUAUUCUUUGAUUUUUUAGAUAAUUUUUCUGUAUUCUUUUUACUUUUUGUCCAUUAUUUUCUAUUCCUUAUAUUUUAGCACCCCAUUAUUCUCUGUUUUGUUAUUUUUUUGCCCUAUUUUUUCUCUAUUCUUAAUUUAUUUUGUCAUUUCUUCUGCACAUUUUACCCAUUAUUCUCUAUUCUGUAAACCCCAUCCAGAUCCUCUAUUAUUUUUGAGUAAUGUUCUUCUCCUGUACUUAUCAUUUUAUUGUAUGUUCUUUUUUGAUUACGUUUUGUUAGCCAAAUGAAUUAAAUUGAACAGAAGGAGGGUUGAUAUAUUCAGGUAUCUGUCCAAAGCCAGGAACAUCGUCUACUAUUGUCUUGUUACACCUGAAGUUUUCGUCGUUUGGACCCGCCAUGAUAAAACCUUUUUGCGCUGAUGCUGCCUUAAGCAAAGACAAAUCAAUCAAUCAAUCGAUCGAUCAACAACAAUCAAUCAAUCAAUCAGUCGUCGUUUGGAGAAUUUAGUGUCGAUGGCAACACUUUUAUAGAUUCUGUUUAAUGUAUUCAAAAUAUUUUUAGAAUGAGGAUCGACGAUCUAAAGUUUGAUAUACUGCAUAGCAACCUCGAAAACUGUAUAUUGCCCUCUUGGUUUAUUUUAACCGUUUGGUUACUAUCUCAUUGGUGAUUACCAAACAUAUUCCUUAUUCACAUUUGUUUUUGUAUUUUAUAUCCAUAACUCCCUCAUAUAGUACAUGAUCUGAAUAGAAUUCAGUGCAAUAUUUAGAAAAUCUUCGAUAGAUAAUGACGGUGUUUUUUUUUUUAUAUUUUUUAUUUUUAGACUAGUAUUGUACGAUUUUUUAAAUUUUAUUAUCCCCUGCAUAUUUUUCAGAAAAAAUGAAUUUUAAGGCAACAUUAUUGUGAACGUACAUAUAUGUAUAAUUUUUUCUUGAAACCGUUUCUAUAUGGAUUUUGCAUUAGACAAUGGCGCUUUUUUAAAUUUUUUUUUUUACAUUCUGAAUAAAAAUUAUAUUGAC